AUGAAGACUUGUUUUAAAGUGCAUCCAAAGAAAAUCAAGAAAGCAAAAAAGAUUUUGAACUGCAUCAGCGAUUUGGGUGCAAUGAUUCCGAUAAUGACAAAAUCUUUUUGGGAAAACGGGAUGGAAUAUUCAUGCACCGACAAAAAUGGUAGUGAUAUUGACAAUAGCCAGGAUUUUGGCUCUGGAGAAGGUUUGAACGAUUGCUAUAACAAUAACGAGCAAGUUUCAAACAAUUUUCUGAUUUCUUGUUCAUCGAAAAGGAUAAUUGCGUGUAUCGAUAAAAAUGGUGAUACAUUAAAAGAAGGCUUCUUCCUCAUGGGAAAUAAUCAAUUGAAAUUUUGUCGGAUUUAUAAUAAUGGAAAAAAAGCGAGGAUUGAAAGUCGUGGUUGUUUUAUUGGUAAAGAAAACGACGAUGUCAUGGACGAAUCCUUACAUGUAAAAAAAUAUAAAAUUUGGAGAUCAGGUGAUUAUGACAUGCGUUGUGGCGAGAAUGGAGUUCAUGUUUACAGGUGCCACAUUGGUGGUAACAAAAGUGUUUAUGCCGGAUCAGCAUGGAUCGAUUCAGAACAGAAUUUUAAUGUGUGCUAUUGA